AUGUUGUCCGCUUUAUUCAAGAGAAACUCUGUUUACGUUGCUACUAUUCUUGGUGGUGCUUUUGCCUUCCAAGGUUUUUUUGACGUUGGUGUUAACAAAUGGUACGAAAAUCACAACAAGGGUAAAUUAUGGAAGGAUGUUAAGGGUAAAUUCCUCGAAGGUGAUGAUGAUGAUGAAGAUGACGAAUAA